AUGGUUUGGACUCUCACUUCUAAUGGUAUUUUUUCUGUGAAAUCUGCUUUGGAGUUGGUGAGUGAACAUGGGCAGCUGGAUCCUACAGCAACUCUGAUAUGGAAACAAAAGGCCGAGGCUAAUGCUUUACUGAAUGGUCUCCUUCUUUAUUAUAAGUUUUGUCUGUCUGACUAUGCAUUAAUAAGUGAGACUGAUUCACAGUUGCUGCUGGAUAUGGUUAAGGGAAAGUUGGAAUUUAGCUGGAAGUUAAGGGUGUUGUCUUAUCGAUUAUUGGGUCUCCUGAGUGGUUUAAAUUAUGAGAUUGCACAUGUAUUUCCUGAAGCAAAUUCAGUUGCGGAUUAUUUGGCAAAUAUGGGAGUUCAAGAUCGUCACGCGAAGGAGAUUACUUCUGCUGCGAUGCUCCCUUUUCAAGCUAGACUCUCACUUCAACAAGAUCAGCCGCAGAUCAAAAGCCUGCGUUGCAAAGAUGUUUUAAUUUCUGCAGCUGGUUUAAUGAGGUCUCCUGCAUCACUGGAUUCUUGGUUCGGCUGGCCUCUUUAUGUAACUACAUCAACAGGGAUCUUUUUCAUCGACUGGAAUACUUCAGCUGGAGUGUUAAUGUUUCAGCUGGUGUCUUUCUGCUACAUCUGCAGUGUCACUGGGCUGUUCAACAGCUGGACUGGAGUAUCACUGGAAUGUUCUCUUGCAGCUGGUUUGGGGGCAUCAUAUUUCUAG